CUAAUAUUAUCCAUGUCCACUCGAAUUGAAACGGAAAGAGACUCCCAGCUCAGAUGGGCAACAAAUACUCCGAGAAAAGCAUGUGAGCAAUGUCAAGUGGCAAAACGGCGAUGUACUCUCGAAAGGCCUGCGUGCUCGCGAUGCGUGUCGAAGUCUCUGCAUUGCUGCUACAGCGUCCACUCAAGGUCAAGUAUUGGCCACAGUAUUCACACAGAGAACGUGUCGCGCAGGUCGAACUCAUCUCGGCCAAUUUCUUCAACCAUAACUCCAGAUACCCUCGGUCUUGGAACAGCUGACAUCACCGGUAAUGCGAGUUCUAAACCUCCCGAUACUCAGAGAGCACACUUUGCCACACUCGACUUCACGCAGAUCAGUCUAUUAUCCACGCUUGAUAGCAUCCAAAUCGGAAGCCGGUGGAUGGAGACGUUUGUCCCCUCUUCGAAUCAGACACCCAAGGGCCUCCAGCCAUUUACCGUGCAGUAUCUCUCUUGUGUCCUAGCGACAUAUCCUAAAUCCAUGACCUGUCCGAAGAAAUAUCCUCCCAUCAUCCAUCGUCUUCAAGUUGAGACAGAACAGCUCUCGUUGACUUUGGCAACCUGCUAUCAGCUAGUCCGUCAAUGGUACGAGUGCAGAUCAGAUCCUAGGAACGUAGCGAAAGUAACCGAAGACGUACAACGAGAGACGCAGCGGCUGUUAAGCGAAUAUCAAAGCUACAGUCAGAUUGACUUUCUCGCGGCGUUCCAAGCCUACCUCAUAUACUUGAUGAUGGCCUUCCUGUCGCCACUUUCUAAUAUCCAAAUUGUGGGUCACUCCAGUUUGGUCUCUUUACAAGAGAUGGCCAGUCACGCGUCCGCCACCGGACUCGCCUGCACCGCAGAGCUAUCGCAGACUCGCCCGACAUGGGAGACGUGGAUAGUGGCAUCUGCCAAGAGGCGUACGAUGUAUGCGUCGUAUCUGUUCAACAACCUUUUCAACGUAAUUAAUGGAGUCAAAACCUACCUAGCGGAGGAAUUAACCGGGCUGCCUUUACCAGCCACUAAAGCGCUCUGGGAUUGCCAAGAAAGAGUCCACUGGGAACGUGAGUACGACACUUACCUAGAAUCUUGGAAAGAGGGAGAGAUUCAAAUUGCCGAGCUCUGGCGGUCUGAAGCAACAGGCUCCCCAGAGCGGAGAGAGCGAGUUGAAAGAUGGGUUCAAGCUGCGGACGAAUUUGGGAUGACUAUAUUCGCGGUUUGUUGUCAUAUUCACGGCUGCUAAUGAAGGAUAGUAAGUCUUUUAUGAUCCAAUAAAAGCCUAAAAAAAUCUAUGAUCUCUCCAGUUUUGCUCUUUCCACUCUCUUCCU